AGAAAAUCGAUAGGUAAACAAACGUGCAAACAAGGUACUAUACUAUAUAUAAAAGUAUUGCGACAACAAGAAUAUAUGUGUACAGGGACGCCAAGGAUACAGACUUGUGUAAUAUAAAUUUAUCUCGAUCAGAUUAGGGUACAAAGUGAUCGCUUACAUUCCUCAUAACUUGAAAAUAUGUAGGUUUUUGAUGAGACUUUGAAAUCGAAAGUACGAAGGGAUGGUCUAAUUUAGUGUCGGUGAUUUGAUGCGUAGAUAAAAUAUGUUCAACAUGUGCCGUUGGAACUCCCUAUUCCUUCUUUUAAUCCAUUUGUGUUAUGCGUUCAGUGAAUUAAAUAGAAGAACAGUUCUUGAAAUAACCGAUUUAGCCAUUGUCGCCAAAACGUACGCUCGUUUCAGUGAAGUAACAGUGACCGCGGAGGUGAUGAACACACAGAGCAGUGGUCGGGAGUUUAUGUUUGCUGUGCAGGUCCCGACUUCCGGUUUUAUCACGGGGUUCCAGAUGACCACGGGGAACACCACACUGCGCGGCAUUGUACAGGAAAAGUCGGCCGCCGACAAAGCGUACGACCAGGCCAAGGAUUCCGGAACUUCCGCCGGAAAGGUCAGUCAACAGCCGUCCAACCCCGGGCGGGACAUGGAUAACUUCGCCCUAUACAUGAACGUAGCGGGCAACUCUUCGGCCAAGUUUGAACUAAACUAUCAGGAGGUUAUCAAGAGAAGACUAGGUUUCUAUCGACAGAUAUUCCACGUGGAGCCCAAACAGGUGGUCCGAAACCUGUCCCUGAUGUGCAUCAUAGAGGAGCCCCAGGACAUACACGGUCUGAGUUACUCCCUCCCUAACCAUACCGAAGCUCUAGAGAGCUCCUCCCAGGCAGUGACCGUGAAGGCCGCGCCCAAGCGGAGGGUGGUAGAGUAUCGGCCGACCGUGGAACAGCAGCAGCGGUACAACGCGGACACGGGGAUCGCGGGGGACUUCGUCGUCGCUUAUGACGUCGACCACCAGAAUGAUGGCGGCAUUGUUUUGGUUCAAAAUGAUUAUUUCGUCCAUUAUUUCUCCCCAAGCGGCCUUCAGAUCCUUCCGAAAAAUAUAAUCUUUGUGAUUGAUAUCAGCGGCUCCAUGGGUGGGUUUAAGAUACAGAAAGUCCGCGAAGUUAUGCACGUGAUUCUCGGAAAGCUACGAGACUACGAUUACUUCAAUAUCUUGCUGUUUGACGACAGAAUAACUCUGUGGAAGAAAUCCCCAGAAAGAGCAACGGCUAGCAACAUUGAGGUUGCUCGAAGGUAUGCUGAUGAGACUCUGGUUGCGAGAGGCAGCACCAAUAUCAACACUGCCCUCAUUGACGCGGUUGAUCUUCUGAGAGGUUUGAGCAAAAGAGAAGAUGGUAGAGGGAGGGUCAUCGUGUUUCUUACAGAUGGACACCCAACGGCAGGGAUUGUUGACCCUACACAGAUUCGGCGGAACGUGAAAACCAGAAAUGAGGGGCUAGCGUCCAUCUUUGCCCUAGGCUUUGGUUAUAAUGUGGACAUGGCUUUUCUUGAAGCGCUGGCUUAUGAGAACGGAGGGUUUGCUCGGAGAAUUUACGAAGAAUCUGACGCCAGUGAUCAGCUAGAGACAUUCUACGCGGAGAUCUCCACCCCGCUACUGGUGGAUGUCAAUGUAAAGUACACCCCUACUGUCAUUGUAUCCGAUCAGGUCACUCGGACAGUUUUCCCGCAAUAUUUCCAGGGCACAGAGUUAGUAGUUGCAGGGAGGCUUCGGAACAAUGCCCCUUCCGAUUGGCAGGCCACAGUGACUGCCGAAGGUGAUACGGGAUCCACUUCCGGUCGCCUGGAUUUUACCGCCACCCCAGAAUACCCGCUGGACGGGCCGGGGGUGACGUCAGACUUCGCCGAGCGAUACUGGGCAUUCUCAAGAAUCAAGGAACUGUUAAAAAUGGAGCUAGUGGAGGAAAACCGAGAGCAGAAAUCUAUUUACCGCGAAAUGGCGCUUAACAUGUCGCUGGCAUAUCAAUUUGUAACCCCUCUGACAUCUAUGGUAGUGACAGAGUCUGUGAAUGCAGGGGAGGUGGAUGAACCCAUCGAGGACAGAGAGAUGCUGUUAGGGUUAGGGAAAGUUUCGGGGGGAAAGAUCACGCGAUCCAGUGACUCCAGCAUCAUAGCCCAAAAUUCGAAUUGGAGAUCAUCCGGGCAUUCAAUUGUCCAGGAUGCCACGCUGUUUGGUCUGGUGUUUGUUCUGAUUUCCAGACUCUUAGUGUUUUAACAUUUGUGAUAGAAAUCUUCAUGCUUUCAACUGGAGAUGUGACAUAUUACUCGUUAUACAAAUGCAAUUUUAAUACUAAAUUGAUAAUUAAACCAUAGUCCCUCGAAGCUGACGUUGCGCGAUAAGGUGACAACAUUCCAUUUUUAGAAAUCCUUUUAAUAUGUAUAAUUAUUUGAAUUUGUAUUUAUUUUAUUUCUUGGGACUGCCGGUAACCCAUGCUUGAUUCACACUGAAUCUCUCUAUAGUAUCAUCACAGAGGGAGCUGGUGGCCUCCAAAAUGUGGCUGGCGACGAGGAUUCUUUGAUAUCCUGAUAUAUACAAGGAUUCUCUCCCGAUGAAUACUGGCAUUGUGAUUAAUUUUAUUUUAAACAUUAAACAUUUUUCUUCCGUA